ACGACUCGACGAACCAACAGGAACCAGCAGGAACCAGCAGGAACCAGAAGGAACCAACAGGAACCAUGGACUUCGUUAUGAAGCAAGCUUUAGGAGGGGCCACCAAAGACAUGGGCAAGAUGCUGGGAGGGGAGGAGGAGAAGGACCCGGACGCCGCCAAGAAGGAGGAGGAGCGGCAGGAGGCGCUGAGGCAGCAGGAGGAGGAGAGGAAGGCCAAACACGCCCGCAUGGAGGCCGAGAGGGAGAAAGUACGGCAGACCAUCAGGGACAAGUAUGGGCUGAAGAAGAAGGAGGAGAAGGAGGCGGAGGAGAAGGCAGCGAUGGAGCAGGCCUGCGAGGGCUCGCUGACUCGCCCGAAGAAGGCGAUCCCUCGGGGCUGCGGGGACGAUGACGAGGAGGACGAGGAGAGCAUCUUGGACACCGUCCUCAAGUUCCUGCCGGGACCUCUGCAGGACAUGUUCAAGAAGUAAAAACACACAGCGACAGACAGACGGAUCCCUGCGCUCGGGGUCCGGCGGGAGGCGUUUCUGUCGGGGUGCGUGUUGAGGAGGGAAGGGGGGCUGGUUGGGGUCUGAGCGUAGAUUUAGAGCAUGUAGAAGGUGAAGCAGGUUGGGGGCGGGGCUAGAGGCUACUCACUGCCUUUUAGAAACAGUUUACUUCUUUUUUACUCCUCGACGACGGCGUCAUUCUCCUUUUCUUUGUCUCAGCCGACACUCAG